UUUUAGUUGGAAUUUCGGAGUUGUUAUUCUCAGCCGUAUUCUAAUAUUUGUGCUACACGAUUUAUAAGUUAAAUUAUUUUAAAAUGUCUAGUGGAAAAUUAGUUUGUGUCAUUUGCAAAAAAGACGAUGAUAAAGUGAUUGCGUUUGUAGAGAAAACUUUAAAAAAUUGUGAUCCCUCUACUUUACCUCCGUGCAAAGCUGAAUUACAACAACAUCUUUUAAGAACGCAAUAUAUAACGAGUAUUUGGAGAAAUGCAUAUUUGCGAUUCCCCAGCAGUUUGACACCGAAUAGAAACGGAUGGACACUUCAUGAGGAUACGCUACAUUUCCACUGGUUCGACGGAGAUUGUAUGCCGCAAUCAGUAUUCGACGCUAUUGUUCAUGAAAACAAUAAACAAAAUAAUAUUGGAAAUGAUACUACAGAUAAUGCAGGGGUAUCCGAAUUAGACACAGAUGAAUCUGAAGUUGAUUCUGAUAGCUCUGAUGAAGGAGCAUCUACAGAAGAAGAAUGACAAUUUCUUUCUGAUAUGACAGGGAAUUAAUUACAUUGAUAUUUGUAUACUCAUAAUAAUUCUGCAGCUGUAUUAUUAGUAUAUAAUUUUUCUAUUUCAAUAAAUCUGAUUUUGUAAUUUUA